GCGGGCAUCGCCAUGGCGGGGACAUUUUCCACAACGUGAUUGUUAAGGCUCCCCCUCCCCGCGCGCCUUACAAUUCCAGGCCCUUCCAGCCUCCACCCUCCCCCAAGCCCGUGUGACUAAACCGAGACAAAGGGGAGGCGGCCUCGCUUACACGCGCGCUCGCGGGGCGGGUGGACGGACGGACGGACGCGCGGGCUCGACGCCACCACAUUCCUGUUCCCGGGGGCAGCGCGUCCCGCGGGAGGCGGCGGGCUCGCGGCGCUGCGCUGAGCUCCCUAGUCGGUCGCCGGCUCCCGGCGGGCCUUGCCCCGGCCCCGAUGCUCGGAGCUCGCCUCUCCGGCCCUCCCCACGCCCGCGGCGGCGAGGCCACAGCAUGUGAAGGUUAGAGCCCUGCCAUCCCGAGGAGCCCCGGGAAAGAUGGGGGAUGCUGCGGACCCCAGGGAGAUGAGAAAGACCUUCAUUGUACCAGCCAUCAAGCCCUUCGACCACUAUGAUUUCUCCAGGGCCAAAAUCGCCUGCAAUCUGGCCUGGCUGGUGGCCAAAGCCUUUGGGACAGAAAAUGUGCCAGAGGAACUUCGAGAACCAUUUUACACUGAUCAGUAUGACCAGGAACACAUCAAACCUCCCGUCGUUAAUCUGCUUCUAUCGGCAGAACUGUACUGUCGAGCUGGGAGCCUCAUUCUCAAAAGCGAUGCCGCCAAACCCCUUUUGGGCCAUGAUGCUGUCAUCCAGGCUUUAGCACAGAAAGGUCUUUAUGUCACUGACCAGGAGAGAUUGGUAACUGAGCGAGAUCUCCACAAGAAACCCAUCCAGAUGAGUGCACAUUUGGCCAUGAUAGAUACCCUAAUGAUGGCUUAUACUGUAGAAAUGGUCAGUGUAGAAAAAGUAAUUGCGUGUGCUCAACAGUAUUCAGCUUUUUUUCAAGCCACAGAUCUCCCCUAUGAUAUUGAGGAUGCUAUCAUGUACUGGAUAAAUAAGGUAAAUGAACAUUUGAAAGACAUAAUGGAACAAGAACAAAAAUUGAAAGAACAUCACACAGUUGAAGCUCCAAGUGGUCAAAAGUCUCCUUCCAAAUGGUUUUGGAAACUGGUUCCAGCUCGUUAUAGGAAGGAGCAAACAUUGCUUAAGCAGCUGCCUUGCAUUCCACUGGUAGAAAACUUGCUGAAGGAUGGUACAGAUGGCUGUGCACUAGCUGCCCUUAUUCAUUUUUACUGUCCCAGUGUUGUCAGAUUAGAGGAUAUUUGUUUGAAAGAAACUAUGUCUUUGGCUGAUAGCCUGUAUAAUCUGCAGCUGAUUCAAGAAUUUUGCCAAGAAUACUUGAACCAGUGUUGCCAUUUCACUCUGGAAGAUAUGCUCUAUGCUGCUUCAUCCAUAAAGAGUAAUUAUUUGGUGUUCAUGGCAGAACUCUUCUGGUGGUUUGAAGUUGUGAAGCCAUCAUUUGUACAGCCUCGUGUUGUUUGUCCACAAGGAGCUGAACCUGUGAAAGAUACACCGUCAAUUCCUGUCUUGAAUACUGCCAAAAGAAAUGUCUUGGACAGUUCAUGCAGUUCUGACUUCACUUCAAGGAUUACCCUCCUGUCAGAGCUAAGGGAGAAUAGAAACUGUGACAGUGAUCUCAGAGGGAGGUUUAAUAGAAGCAAAUACACCAGGGGAGCAAUUGGGGAAGGAGCUGCAUUCACACAGUCUCAUCAUUUACCUGCUAGAUACUCACAUUCUCAAGCCCAUUCUUCAGCUUCAGGAGGAAUUAGAAGGUCUUCGUCUAUGUCUUAUGUUGAUGGCUUCAUAGGAACAUGGCCCAAAGAGAAAAGAUCAUCGGUGCAUGGUGUUUCAUUUGAUAUUUCUUUUGAUAAAGAAGAUAGUGUACAGAGACCCACUCCAAACCGAGGAAUCACACGUUCUAUUAGUAAUGAAGGACUUACUCUGAACAACAAUCGUUUACCUAAACACAUUAGGAAAAAUUUGUCCUUUAAGCCCGUAAAUGGAGAAGAAGAAGCAGAAAGCAUUGAAGAAGAACUUAAUAUAGACCCUCACAGUGACCUCAGAUCUUACAUGCCCCUUAAUACAAAUGAACUAAAUUCUAAUGAGAAUAUGCAUUACAAGCUUCCCAAUGGAGCUUUACAAAAUAGAGUACUUCUAGAUGAGUUUGGCAAUCAGAUUGAAACACCAAGCAUUGAGGAAGCACUACAAAUAAUUCAUGAUACUGAAAAAUCUCCCUGUACACCUCGGCCAGACCAAAUUGCUAAUGGCUUCUUUCUUCAUAGCCAGGAAAUGAGUAUCUUAAAUUCAAAUAUCAAGCUAAGUCAAUCUAGUCCAGACAACCUAACUGAUACAAAAGGUGCCUUAAGUCCCAUAACUGAUACCACAGAAGUAGACACUGGAAUUCAUGUUCCUUCAGAAGACAUUCCUGAAACUAUGGAUGAAGACUCUUCUUUGAGAGAUUAUACUGUAAGCCUAGAUUCUGACAUGGAUGAUGCAUCUAAAUUUCUUCAGGACUAUGAUAUAAGAACCAACAAUCCCAGAGAAGCUUCAAGUCCUUGUCCAAGUACUGUAAGUAACAAGUCUCAGCCAGGUAGCAGUGCUUCUUCUAGUUCUGGGGUUAAGAUGACCAGCUUUGCUGAACAGAAGUUCAGGAAACUGAAUUAUACUGAUGGAAAAAGUAGUGGAAGCAGUUCUCAAAAAACUACUCCAGAGGGCUCUGAACUUAACAUUCCUCAUGUGGUUGCUUGGGCACAAAUUCCAGAAGAAACAGGCCUUCCACAAGGACGGGACACUACACAGCUGUUGGCUUCUGAAAUGGUGCAUCUUAGGAUGAAACUAGAAGAAAAGAGGCGUGCUAUAGAAGCCCAGAAAAAGAAGAUGGAAGCGGCUUUUACCAAACAGAGGCAGAAAAUGGGAAGGACAGCAUUCCUUACUGUAGUGAAAAAAAGGGGGGAUGGGAUUUCCCCUCUUCGAGAGGAAGCAGCUGGUGCAGAAGAUGAGAAAGUGUAUACUGAUCGAGCAAAAGAAAAGGAAUCCCAAAAACCUGAUGGACAAAGGAGCAAGUCUCUAGCCGACAUAAAAGAAAGCAUGGAGAAUCCGCCGACAAAAUGGCUAAAGUCUCCAACAACACCUGUUGAUUCUGAGAAGCAGUGGAAUCUAGCAAGCCCCUCAGAAGAGAAUUUAAAUGAAGGAGAGAUUUUAGAAUAUACAAAAUCCAUUGAAAAGUUGAAUUCAUCCCUGCAUCUUCUACAGCAAGAAAUGCAACGCUUGUCCCUUCAGCAGGAGAUGUUAAUGCAGAUGCGAGAACAGCAGUCUUGGGUGAUUUCACCUCCACAACCCUCUCCACAGAAACAGAUUCGAGAUUUGAAACUAUCUAGACAGACAGGCCUGCCAUCACCUGUCGCACCAUUCUCCUCAGACUCCCCUCGUCCGACUCACCCAUCUCCACAGUCUUCUAACAGGAAAAGCACAUCUUCUGUUAAAAAUCAAAGGACUCCUAGGCCAAAUGAACUAAAACUAACACCUUUGAAUAGAACCUUGACCCCCCCGAGGUCUGUGGAUAGUCUUCCUCGCUUAAGGAGGUUUUCACCAAGUCAAGUUCCCAUUCAGACUCGGUCAUUUGUAUGUUUUGGGGAUGAUGGAGAGCCUCAGUUAAAGGAACCCAAGCUGAAGGAGGAAGCUAAGAAGGAGGCCUUGGAAUGUAAAGGGGCUCUGGAACAGCAGGGACAAAAGCCUGAAGAAAAGGAGAUCAAACCUCUUGAGUCAACAGUUUCAGAAGUCCUGUCACAGCCUGUCACAGAGACUGUGUGUCUGACACCAAAUGAGGACCAAUGGACUCGAUCUACAGAACCGCCUCCUAAACCCACUUUUCCGCCUACUGCUUCUAAAAAUGUUAAUCUGAUUGAAGUUUCCCUCUCAGAUUUGAAACCCCCUGAAAAGGCUGAUGUAGCUGUAGAAAAAUAUGAUGGAGAAAGUGAUAAAGAACAGUUUGAUGAUGACCAGAAAGUAUGCUGUGGGUUCUUUUUUAAGGAUGAUCAAAAAGCAGAAAAUGAUAUGGCAAUGAAAAGAGCAGCUUUGAUGGAGAAACGAUUAAGAAGGGAGAAAGAAACUCAGCUUCGGAAACAGCAACUGGAAGCAGAAAUGGAGCACAGGAAAGAGGAGACAAGGCGUAAAACUGAAGAAGAGCGUCAAAAGAAAGAAGAUGAGAAAGCACGCAGAGAAUUUAUUAGGCAAGAAUAUAUGAGACGAAAACAGCUGAAACUAAUGGAAGACAUGGAUACAGUGAUUAAGCCCCGGCCUCAGGUGGCAAAACAGAAGAAACAGCGGCCAAAGUCAAUUCACAGAGAUCAUAUUGAGUCCCCCAAAACCCCAAUCAAAGGUCCUCCAGUCUCUAGCCUUUCUUUGGCCUCGUUGAACACAGGUGAUAAUGAGAGUGUCCAUUCAGGCAAGAGGACACCAAGAUCAGAGUCUGUGGAAGGUUUCUUGUCUCCAAGUCGCUGUGGCAGUAGAAAUGGAGAAAAAGACUGGGAAAAUGCAUCUACAACUUCUUCCGUGGCUUCUGGAACAGAAUACACAGGACCAAAGCUCUACAAAGAACCCAGUGCAAAGUCCAAUAAGCACAUAAUACAAAAUGCUUUAGCCCAUUGCUGUCUGGCUGGAAAAGUAAAUGAAGGUCAGAAGAAAAAGAUCCUGGAGGAAAUGGAGAAGUCAGAUGCCAACAACUUCUUAAUCUUGUUCCGGGAUUCAGGCUGCCAGUUCAGGUCUUUGUAUACUUACUGCCCAGAAACCGAAGAAAUCAGUAAACUGACUGGGAUAGGCCCUAAAUCUAUCACUAAAAAAAUGAUUGAGGGACUUUACAAAUAUAAUUCUGACAGGAAACAAUUUAGCCACAUACCAGCUAAAACUUUAUCUGCCAGUGUUGAUGCAAUUACCAUUCAUAGCCAUUUGUGGCAGACCAAAAGACCAGUAACACCCAAAAAACUUGUACCUACUAAGGCAUAGGAGUUGGGAAAUACUUGCUUCAGAACAUUCAUGAAUUUGCACUUCAUCUUUCCUGCCUAUAGAAAAGCUUUCUAAUUGCCAACAAGACUUAUUAAUUAAAACUGGACAUUAACUCUGUUGUCAUGAACAACUGGAAUGUAAACCAUAGUAUUUUGGAAUGCAGAAGAGUCUCGCUUAGGUGGUAAGUCCAAGUGAUGAAAGGAAGUGCUUGAUUCACAAUUGGAGAUCUGUGUGUUACUGGAUCCAUUUGCUUGAUACUAGAUAAGUGGAAGCCCUGGAUUCUCAUGGACACGAGGGAGCAGAUGUUUGUGAAAUAUGGCUAGGAUUACAAAUUAUGGGUUGUAUUGGUUGCUUUUUUUUUUUUUUUUUUACCUUUUACUGUACAUGCUUGUCUCCAGAUGGUUUAUUUUGUUCCCUUUCUCUCCUGAGGAUUUAUUCUAAGACACUUCUAUAUUUUGUUUUAUGUAGAGAUCAUGAAAGUAGGAAAUACACCUUCAGAAGUAACUUGCACCUUUUUUACUAUGUUGAGAAACACUAGUGUUACAUUUUACAUAACCCUCAUGUUUUAAUGGUAUUAGAGCAUUUGCAAAAAUUAUUCUAAGUAUUUACCAUACUGUAUUUAUUAUUCAUGCAAGUAUUAAUAUUUCUCUAUUAAAUAAGAAGUGUUGUAAAGAGCUGCUAAUAGGUUUGCUUUAAGCCACAUGAGCUUAACCAAGAAUAUGUUAAUAAGUUGCUGAUUAAAUCAGUGCUGUUUUUACACCACUUCUGGCCAACUCAGAAUAAUUUAGAUUGUUCUUUUAACAAAAAAGGAUUUCUAUCUCUUUUAAAAUAAGUCACUUUAUAAGCUGGCAGAAGUGAAUGACACUUUGAGAGUAGUCUUUCAGUCUGAAGAUGUAAGAUUUCCUGAAGCAAGUUCUCAGGAGGUCUUUACAUUAUAUUUAUAACUGAGACAAAAAUUAUAUUUAGAAUUUUUAAAACAUACAAAGGGCUACAUUUUAAUUUUCAAAUAGCUUCACAUUAUUUUACUUAUGUUGAGUUUUUCUUCUUUUUAAUCCUUUUCAAGUGGAACAGCUAGUAAGGACACACUUGAAAUCUCUACAUGAUCUUUGUUCUUUAACAGUGUAUACCAGAGGGUUAGUUGGGGGAAAACUUCAUUCUCAGGAAAAGACUUGAAUGAUUAUGUGACCCUGUUAUGUUUCAGUGUUGUGACAACUGUGUAAACUAGGGGGGAAAGGCAGUAUUAUAUCAUAAAUGAGAUGCGUAGUUUGUUUUCUUUAAUGGGAAGUAGAAAUGAAAAUAGAUACGUUUCUCUAAUUGAGUUGUUUAGAGAGAGAACUAAAGUCUCAUAUGAUGUAUUUACUUAUUUAAAAAAUAAAAAGAAUAGGAAUGAGAUGUCCCUGAGCUGUACUUUUCUAUUAUUAUAAGGCCUUUAGGCAUCAGUGCAUCUGGUUUACCAACAUUUUCUCAAAUGCUGUCAAUAUUUUACUGUAAUUUAUGUUCUUAUAUUUAUGUAUAUUUGUUAAAACUGUAAAAAAAUUUCACAGAUUUUUUCCAAUACCUGUGCAAGAUAUAUGUGUAGCUCAAAACUAUUUGUGAUCUGCUGUUUGCAUGUGAGAAACCAGGAUAUGUAACUCUCAUAUUUUAAGUGUAUACAUAUUAUGUAUAUAAUAUAUAAAUAUUAAAAUGGGGAAUUAUACAUCUUACCUUUCAGACAACAAUUUUUAUCACAAUUAGAAAUGAUCUUCAAAUACAUGUUGAGAUUGUCCUAGUUUAAAAUAAUUAUAAGUAAAUCUAAUCAGAAUGUGAAUAAUAGUCAAAAGAAAAAUUUAAUAAGCAUUUUACAUUACUAAAUUUGUUCUUUUCAAUUAAAUUUCCCUUACCAAGGCAAUCAUCUUGAUAUUACCUGAGUUAUUAAAGAAAAAUCGGAUGCAAGACAAUGGAGGAGCUAUUGAACCCUAAACAAGACUAACCUUUAUUCUUACCUUUGUGUGUGUCCAGCAAUUGAAUUGAACAUCUGUAAGGUCUAAAGGUAGAAUGUGAAUAUUGCCACAAAGUUCAUUGCUAUCAGUACAAGAUUUUACUUUAUUAAUGCAAAAGGAAUAUGGAGAUACUUCUCUAAGUCUUCAGAGUUUUUAUUUGGGUCCAGCUUUUUUUUAAUUAUGUUUUUAAAUUAUACAAAGGAAAAAACAUCCCAUUUCAUAAAGUUUGGAGAUUUUUGUCAACCUUACUGAAACGCACUGGUGCUUUCAUUAUUGAAGGUCAAAUUAUUGUAAUUAUUCAAUUAAACUUGCCAAACACUUGUCAAGGUUAUCAGUGUUUGACAUGGCUUUGGAAAGCUUUUAAUUCCUCUUGACUUUUCAGUUUUGUUUAGAAUGACUGUUACAGUUUUUAUUUGGCUGUUUAAAGCCAAAGUCAGCUCUUAAUUCUGAUUUCAUGGAUACUGUUGGGCGAUGUACAGUGUAUGAUGUGUGUACCUGUCCACUCUAGAGCAUUGCUUACAGGUUUUUUAAAAGAUGCUGUGCUGUAAAAUAUUGUCGUAUUUGCUAUUUCCUGAUACAGUGUAGUUUUUCCCCUUUCAUUUGAAUAAAAGCAUGGCACCAAAUGA